GAAGGCAAAUGUUCCCCCAGCUGUUUCCUGUCUACAGUGUCUGUGUUUUGUAGAUAAAUGUGAGGAUUUUCUCUAAAUCCCUCUUCUGUUUGCUAAAUCUCACUGUCACUGCUAAAUUCAGAGCAGAUAGAGCCUGCGCAAUGGAAUAAAGUCCUCAAAAUUGAAAUGUGACAUUGCUCUCAACAUCUCCCAUCUCUCUGGAUUUCUUUCUGCUUCAUUAUUCCUGCUAACCAAUUCAUUUCCAGACUUUGUACUUCAGAAGCAAUGGGGAAAAUCAGCAGUCUUCCAACACAAUUAUUUAAGUGCUGCUUUUGUGAUUUCUUGAAGGUCAAGAUGCACAUCACAUCCUCCUCGCAUCUCCUCUACCUGGCCCUGUGCUUACUCACCUUCACCAGCUCUGCCGCAGCUGGACCCGAGACGCUCUGCGGGGCUGAGCUGGUGGAUGCUCUUCAGUUCGUGUGUGGAGACAGGGGCUUUUAUUUCAACAAGCCCACAGGGUACGGCUCCAGCAGUCGGAGGGCGCCUCAGACAGGCAUCGUGGACGAGUGCUGCUUCCGGAGCUGUGAUCUGAGGAGGCUGGAGAUGUACUGUGCUCCCCUCAAGCCUGCCAAGUCAGCCCGUUCUGUCCGUGCCCAGCGCCACACCGACAUGCCCAAGACUCAGAAGUACCAGCCCCCACCUACCAACAAGAACGUGAAGUCUAAGAGGAGAAGGAAAGGUGGGCCAAAGAAAUGCCCAGGAGGGGAACAGAAGGAGGGGACAGAAGCAAGUCAGCAGAUCAGAGCAAAGAAGAAAGAGCAGAGGAAAGGGACUGGAACUAGAAAUGCUGAACACAGAUGCAAAAAAGAAAAAUGGAGGAGAGGAGAACUAAGCAGACAGAGGCAAAGAUGAUGAGAGAGGAACAGAGAGCACGAAAGAAAAGCAGGAAAUGUGAGAGGUCUGCUGGAGCUAGAUGAAGAUGUGAUGGAAAUAGAAGUAACCUGUUAUAGGAAUGUGGCUAAGAAAUGUGGAGAAAAUGGAAAAGAAAAAUGUAAUGCCCAAGAAAGCCCAAAGAAAGACAGUGGCAAGAAUGGGAAAAAAAAAAAAAAUUAAAGAAACAGUAAAUAGGACAUACCAUUCCCCACCCCCCAAAAACCAAUUAAAAAAGAGUAAUUUAGAU